CACCCAUCGUUUUUUAUUUUAAAUUUUUCAUCUCAAUUUUAUUAUCGUUAAAAAUGACUAAAUCCACUGUUCUUGUUAUCUUCAUGGUAGUUCUCGUUCUAGGGAUGGUGGCAAAAGAGACACAAGGUCAAGAAAGGUGUCAUGAGUAUAUGACAGGAACAGGACCUUGUGAAAUUAACCAAUGUGUCGAUCAGUGUACGGCGAAGUGGAAAGGAAGAGGAACGUGUAUGCCAUCAAGCAAGACUUGUCUCUGCACUUUUAAUUGCAAUAAAUAAGUUUUUUUGGUUAAUCUAUAAAGUAUCAUCAAAUAUAAUUAAUAAAAUAAUGAAUUG